AUGCCUCGUAAGAAGUCAGCUGCCAAGAAGGCCAAGGAGGCUGCUAAAAAAGCUGAAUUGGAAGCUCAAGCUGCCGUGAUCGAGGAUGUACCGGAGGAGAACCAUACUGCGAGCGAUGAGGAAAGUACCUCCGAAGAGGAAGACGACUAUGGGGAGCUAAUAACGGAAGAUGUGGAGGAGGGAAUCAAGAAUGUGCUGGAGGCGAUCCGGACGAAGGACACAUCGGAGCUCCUGAAUCCGACAGUGCGCUUCUUUGAAGAGCCCGAGGCCGCAGUUGCCAAGCUGGCGCAGGCAGAGCGGCACAAGCCCAUAUACCUCAAAGACUACCACAGAAUGAACCUUCUAGCUGGAGAGACAUUUGCAAAGGAUGGCGAGGACUUUGAAACCAUGGAUGGAAAGCCAUCGUUUGCUGCAGAACAGCGCCAGGAGCGAGCUCAGAUUUUGGCGGAAAUCAACGAGGAAGUUGGCAAGGCGGAAGAAGACGACGAAGACGAGUUUUUGACCAAAAAGAAGCCAAGCUCCGAGGUAGCACAGAAGACAGCACUUCCAGAUCCGUCUGUUGAUGACGAGCAAUUCUUGCAGGCAUUCGUGGAGCAACAGGCGUGGAUACCUCGUAAGGGGGACAAAACGGUGGACCUAGAUCGCGGGGAAGCAUUCGAAGAGGACGAUAAGGAGUUUGAAGAUGCAGUAGAACAAUUUGAAACAGCGUACAAUUUCAGAUAUGAGGAUCCUAACGCUGCUGAGAUUGUAUCAUAUGCUCGUACUCAAGCUACGAUCCGUAGAAGCGCCGCAUCCACCAGGAAGCGUAAGAGAGAUGAAGAGAAGCAGGAAAAGGACAAAGAUCGGCAGGAGCGGGAGAAGGCGAUUCAAAAGAAAAAGAAGGAAACCGUUUAUCAAUUGUCGGAUGUUCUGGAUAAAAUCAGGAAGGAAUAUGGUGCCGAGAUUAGCGAGCCAAUGGUUCAAAAACUAACGGCAACAUUACUAAAUGGUUCAUAUGACGACAGCAAAUGGGACGAGGUGGUUGGCGAAUUGUUUGACGAAGAAUUUUACCAGCAAGAAGGGAAGCCUACGUGGGAUGAGAAUGAUGAGAUUAUGGGUGAUUUCUAUGCGGGCAAUGCUGAUGAUGAUGAUGAUGCUGCACCAACUGAAGAUCAUGCAAACGGAGAGAAGGAGAAGAAGUCUAAGAAAGAGGGCACUAAAGAGAAGAAAGCCAAAAAGCAGGAGAAAAAGGAACUGAGAAACAUCAUUGAGGAGUCCGUUGAGCAAAAUAAGCUAGCACUGAUAGAAAAGGUGGAGGAAGAAAGAGGCCGCACGAAGGAGAAAGACCUUGACAUCAAGUUCAGGUAUCGGGAAGUUUCGCCAGAAAGUUUUGGCUUGACCACCCGUGAGAUAUUUAUGGCUGACGACGCUGCCUUGAAUGAGUAUAUUGGCCUCAAGAAAUUUGCACCAUAUAGAGCAAAGGAGUUGCGCAACAAAGAUAAAAGGAAGGUCAUGAAGGCUAAGCGUCUAAAAGAAUGGAGGAAAAAGGUGUUCAAUAACGAAAAUGGGUUGGCCGAUGAGGAUGAGGCCCUUGAUACCCAGGCGGCUCCUAAAAAGGAGAAAAGCCGUUCUAAGCACAAGACAAGUAAGUAA